AUGUGGGACCAAGAUAUUAUAGCUGAUAACAGAAAUGAUAAUUCUAAUUCCGAUUAGAAUAACAAAGACUAAACCAAAAAGCCUGUAUUAGUACUUGAUACUAAUGCAUUUAUCAAAUGCUUAGAUUUAUAAUCUCUUUACAAUAAAUAUGAUUUAUACACAACUUAAGAAGUUAAGUUUGAAAUCCGUGAUAAGAAGGCUAGAGAAAAAUUCUUGACUCUACCUUUUGAUAUUUUGGUUAAAGACCCAUCAAAAACAGCUGUAGCUGCUGUAAGAAAAUUUGCCACUACCACUGGUGAUAUAGCUAGUUUGAGUUCUGUUGAUAUUAAUGUAAUCGCUCUCUGUUACACCUUCGCUGAAGAAAAUAAAACUGCCGAUUUAUUGAGAAAAGAACCUCCUGAGAUCAAGGAAGCCUUUGCUUAAAAAAAUGUUCAAGACGGUUUAGAAUCUCUCACUUUAGAAGAACAGUAGCAAAAUCAAAACUAAGAAUAGAAGUAAGAACAAGGUGAAUAAAAAGAAUUAAAGGAAGAUAGUAAUGAAAAUUAAGAUAAUGAUGAAGAUUAUGAAGAUGAUGAUUAAGAAAAAAAAGAUGAUAAAGACGAUGAUGAUGGAUGGAAUGUUGUCCCAGUUAAAGAAAAAAAGAAAGUAAUAAGCAAACCUAAGAAUGAAUUUGGAACUGGUUGGAAUUUUGUAGGACCUAAAACUAAUGAAGAAAAAUAAUAAUAAACUUAAGAAAAAGAAAAUGUUGAAGGUGAAUAAAACAAGGAAGCAGUUUAAGAAUAAAAAAAUUAAAAGCCAAAGAAGCAAAAAGAUGAAGAAAGUGAUGAUGAAGAUGAUGGCGAAGGUUGGAUUAACACUGAAAACAUUCACUUAUACAAAGAAUAAGGUAACUAGAAGCUCGAAAACACUGGCAGCUAAAUUGGUGUUUCUAUCUUGACUGCUGAUUUUGCCAUGCAGAAUGUUGCAUUAUAAAUGGGUAUUCCUUUAGUUUCUAUAGAUGGUAUGUUAAUCACUAGAGCCAAGCGUUUUAUUUUAGAGUGCUUUGGUUGCUAACAUUUAUGCAAAGAAAUGACAAAAAAAUUCUGUCCAAAGUGCAAAAACCCUACUUUACUUAAGGUCUCUUGCAGCUUUGAAGCUGAUGGCUCAAUAAAAUUAUACAGAAAGAAGGGAUUCAAAUUAAAUACUGCUGGUUUCAUUUAUUCCAUUCCAAAGCCUUAAAUUGGUAAACAAGCUAACAAUAUUGUUUUAAGAGAAGAUGAUUUAUUAAAGGGUAAUAAAUUAACAUAAUGUAAGAUAGCCUAAAAAUAAUAAGAAAAAGAAUUUAGUAGAAAUAUGUUAGAGUUUGAAAAUGGUUUCACUUUAGAUGAUAUCAAGCACAAGCAACACCAUAACCAUAAUUUAGAAUUCGGAUAUGGUAGAUUAAACCCCAAUAAUGUAUCUCAAAUGAAAAGACAUAAGAGAAAGUGA